UGGACGAAAUUCGCCAACGAAAAUCCAGAAUGCUUGCCAAAUAUCGCAGCAAGCUGUGGUACUUCCCCGAACGAUUUCGAGCGACUUUCAGAUGUUUUGAACGCUAUUCCUGGGAUCACUUAUGUUUGCUUGGAUGUUGCAAAUGGUUAUUCUCAACAUUUUGUUGAGUUUGUUAGGAAAGUACGGAUAGCAUUUCCCUCCCACACAAUCAUUGCUGGAAACGUAGUAACGGGAGAAAUGGUUGAAGAAUUAAUUCUUUCUGGAGCUGAUAUAAUUAAGGUAGGAAUUGGGCCAGGUUCAGUUUGUACUACACGUAUGAAAACAGGGGUUGGUUAUCCCCAAUUAUCUGCCGUUAUCGAGUGUGCGGAUGCAGCUCAUGGACUUCAAGGUCACAUUAUCUCCGAUGGAGGCUGUACAUGUCCAGGCGAUGUGGCGAAAGCUUUUGGCGCAGGGGCUGACUUUGUUAUGUUGGGCGGAAUGCUAGCAGGCCACGAUCAAUGCGAUGGGGAAAUUAUCGAAAAGAAUGGAAAGAAAUUUAAACUCUUUUAUGGGAUGUCGUCCUCCACUGCUAUGCAAAAGCAUGCAGGUGGUGUUGCUGAUUACCGAUCGUCUGAAGGUAAAACAGUUGAAGUACCUUAUAGAGGUGAUGUUGAAGACACGGUCAAAGAUAUUUUGGGAGGUUUAAGAAGUGCUUGCACCUAUACUGGAGCUGGAAAACUAAAGGAACUACCUCGACGUGCCACUUUUAUAAGGUGCACCCAACAACUGAACAAUAUAUAUGUAUGAAUAUAAUUAUUAUUGAAAACGCUAAAUAAUUAUUCUGCAAUUUAUAAAAUUGGACGCCUAUAUAGCACAAUUGUUACCUGUAGCACAAAUUACGUAUUAUAAAUACUUUUGUAAAUACUGUUGAUCAGUAUUAGGCAAAUAAAAAGAUUUAUUUAUUCAUUU